AUGCGCGGCGAAAUCUGCCAUCUUCACCUAGGCCAGGCUGGUACCCAACUGGGCAAUGCUGCCUGGGAGCUCUAUCUGCUCGAGCAUAAUCUUUUGGCCGAUGGUCACAUCAGUCCCGAUUAUUUCCAAGAAAUUGACCAGAGUGGCUCUUAUGAGACAUUUUUCACCGAGACUGGCAAUGGCAAAUACGUCCCACGCUCCAUCUUUAUCGACCUUGACCCUUCGCCUAUCGACGAGAUACGCACUGGUACCUACCGCCAUCUAUUCCACCCUGAUCAGCUGAUAAGCGGGAAGGAGGAUGCGGCUAAUAACUAUGCUCGAGGCCAUUAUACUAUUGGUAAACAGCUCAUGGAGGGCGUUGUGGACCGGAUUCGCCGCGUGGCUGGUACAAUUGCGCCUCUCUUCAGGGAUUUUUGCUCUUCCAUUCCUUUGGCGGCGGAACAGGUUCUGGUCUCGGUGCACUCUUGCUCGAGCACCUUUCUGCCGAAUAUUCCAAGAAAACCAAAGGAAUUUGUGGUUUACCCGUCCCCGCGUGUGGCAACUGCAGUGGUGGAACCCUACAAUGCCGUCCUCUCCGCACACGAUACUAUUGAGAACUCCGAUUGCACAUUCCUCGUUGACAAUGAAGCUGUGUACGAUAUCUGUAAGCGCAAUCUCGACAUUCCUCGCCCUGGGUAUGACCAUCUCAACCGCCUUGUGGCCCAAGUCGUUAGCUCUGUUACUUCCAGCUUGCGCUUCGAUGGUGCCUUGAAUAUCGACUUAAAUGAGUUUCAGACAAAUCUUGUGCCGUUUCCGCGAAUUCACUACCCCCUCAUUUCGUAUGCUCCUGUCAUAUCUAGCACCCACAGUGGCCACGAGAGCUUCAAGGUCAAAGACUUAACCUUACAGUGCUUUGAAUCUAAAAACCAGAUGGUUGUUUGCGAUCCACAGAAUGGCAAGUACAUGGCUGUUGCCCUUCUGUACCGAGGUGAUGUCGUGCCUCACGAUUGUACCCAAGCUAUGGCUCACAUUAAGGCCAAGGCCUCUUUCAACUUGGUUGAGUGGUGUCCAACCGGUUUCAAACUGGGAAUUAACAACCAAAAGCCCAUGAACGUCCCUGAGAGCGAGCUUGCUUCUGUCGACCGCUCGGUUACCAUGCUCUCCAACUCCACCGCCAUCGCCGCGGCAUGGCAUCGCCUUGACUACAAAUUUGACCUCAUGUUUUCCAAACGUGCUUUUGUCCACUGGUACGUAGGUGAGGGCAUGGAGGAAGGAGAGUUCUCCGAGGCUCGCGAGGACUUGGCUGCUCUGGAAAAGGAUUAUGAAGAGAUCGCCAGUGAUACUCUCGGCACGGACGUGGAUGUGGGCCUUGAGUACUGA